CUUUUGUAACAUUUGAGUCAUGGAGUCAUUGUGCAGUGCAAUCUCUCAGUUCUCUCUGGACCUGUUUAAGAAUCUGAGUGAGAAACAGACCAGUAAUAUCUUCUACUCACCCCUGAGCAUCUCAUCUGCUCUGGCUAUGGUUUGUAUGGGGGCCCGGGGAAAGACAGCUGCAGAGAUCAUGAAGUCACUUCAUGUUCACAAGGCUGGGGAUGAUGUUCAUUCCUAUUUUAGCUCACUGAUAACUGACAUCAACAAACCAGGAGCUUCCUAUCAACUGAGCUUGGCUAAUCGGUUAUAUGGGGAAAAAUCAUUUGAAUUUCUCAAGGAAUUCAUUGGUAAAACCACCACAUUUUACCAUGCUAGCCUUGAGGCAGUUGACUUUAUUCAAGCCCCAGAAGCAUCAAGAAAAACCAUAAAUGCUUGGGUUGAAAAGCAGACAAAUGAAAAAAUUAAGAAUUUGCUUGAAAGUAGAAACGUAGAUGCCCUCACAAGACUUGUGCUGGUAAAUGCUGUCUAUUUUAAAGGAAACUGGGAAAAAAAAUUCCAAGAAUCUGAAACUAUAAAUGGGCAGUUCAGAAUAAAUAAGAAUGAAACAAGGCCAAUUAAGAUGAUGUAUCAGAAGUCAAAGUUUAAUAUCACCUAUAUUUCUGAGUUGAAGUGUCGCAUCCUUGAACUCCCAUAUGUCGGUAAUGAACUGAGCAUGCUGAUAAUGCUACCAAAUAACAUUGAGGAUAACUCCACUGGUCUAGAAAAGCUGGAAAAAAGUCUUACUUGGGAAAAACUGCAAGAAUGGACAAACCCUGACAUGAUGGAUAAUGAAGAGACUGAAGUGUCAAUUCCCAAGUUCAAGCUUGAAGAGGCAUAUGACCUGAAAAAGACUCUCAUGAGUAUGGGAAUAGUGGAUGCCUUUGAUCCGAAAAGGUCUGAUUUCUCAGGCAUGUCUUCCAACAACAAUCUUUUUCUCUCGAGAGCAAUACAUAAAUCAUAUGUUGAGGUAAAUGAAGAAGGAACCGAAGCUGCUGCAGCAACUGCAAUGGUAUUAUCUAAUCGAUGUGCCUUUUUUACUAUGCCAUUUACUGCAGACCAUCCCUUCUUGUUCUUUAUCAGACACAAUAAAACCCGGAGCAUUCUAUUUUAUGGCAGGUUCUGCACUCCUUAAUUCUUUCACUGUACUAGUAAUUCAAAACUGAUCUCUUAUCUUAUGUUAUAGCUUUACAUUUCUUGUACUAUACAAACACAGUAAUGCUAAACAGUUAAGCUGAAAAAUCUCAUUGUUAUAAUUGGCCUUAGCAACAUGUAGUACUUCAAGAAUAAAAUCUUUCUUA